AUGAAGGGUUCAUAAUCCAAAAUUCAAGAAAGUUUCUUUUAAGUUCCUAAUAGUGAUGAAAUAGUGAAGACUAUUCCUCUAGGUGUCUUUGGUCUUCUUUCUUGUUGAAAAACAAAUAUUUAGAGAGAUCUUAUCUUUACACAUUUCUCGAUGAUAUCAAUAAUGCGUUGUGUUGUUUUUUGUUUUCUCGUUGGAGAAAGGCAACAAAACUCAGUGAUGAGGUGCUUUGAUGGCAGGCAAAAUAAUGACCUUCUUCAGAUCCUCUCCACUUUGGUAGAGCACUAAUAAAUUAAUUCAAUCGUGCCAUGUUAUAUUUUAUCCGAUGUCAAAUGUUUGAUGCACUAUACUUUCGGUUUAAGCUCAACAAAGAAUCAGUGCAACUUGUAUGCAUGAUGGCUGAUGAGACUUACAUAUUUAAAGUUCUAAAAAAUAGAUUUUCCGCAUGAGAUGUAAGUUAAGACUUGGAAAAACAUAACUCUAUUAUAGGAUCUAUACAUAUUCUCUAUAGUUGUAGAGUUGACCUUUUAGUAACAUCAACACGAUAGUUAGUGAGAGAUUAGGUGGAAAAUUUACAAAGUCAAAGUUGCCAAGAAAAUUAAAAACCUAACCAUUUAUCUGUUUGAAAGCUCCUUCGUUGCAUUAUUAGCAGUACUAACCAAAAUAAACUAAGAAUGUGAUCCAUAUCAGUUCCCAUAGAAACAUCUCUUUGGUUACAACGAUACCGUAGACAAUGUAUUCCGACACAGCUGUAAAUACUAAUUGUUGCAUAUUUGAAUCUCACCACAAUCUAAGAGUGUAACUUCAGUUAUCUAUAUAACCGAAUGAACAAAACAACAAUGAAACACCAUUACCAGUGGAAAGUCCGGUGAAAGUUUUGGCUACCAAAACACAUUGCUGGUAGAAACAUAAACUUAAAAAUUAGAUAUUUGUAUAUAUACUACACAUGUUAUACCUUUUAUAAACCAAAAUCAAUCAACAAUCCGAAAAUGAAAACCAAACUAGCCAGAACACAUGUUUUAAGUUUCUUUGAAGGGGACCCACCACACAAAGUCUUGCAAUCUGAACAUUCAAGGACCAUCAGGGAUGAGAAAGUAACAACUAAGAGGUGUAUGUGAUAGAUCAAAUCCACUUAUAGUUAUGGUUUUAGCAGAUUUGCCUUGAGACAAAAUCAAGGUACAGUCUAGGGAGCUCUUCCCUCCAGCUUCGUUUGUAUCCUCUAAUUUCUCAACUACUUGGACUCUCUUAGCUUUUUUGGUGGCUUUUAGGUAACAAUUUUCUUUGCCCUACAUUUCCUCGUGAUAGUGAAUGCUUAGCCACAAUAUUUGCCACUAUGAUAAAGAACAUAAAAGUUUAACAUAUUUAUAUCUAUAAAAGCAAAGCAAAUUGCAUAGCCAACAAAAUAAAUGAAGAAACAAAGGCAAUAUAACACUGAUAAAGAAACAAAGACAAUAUCAAUAUAGAUGAAUAACAAACCUUUUCUUAGAAAGUAUGCAUGUAGAACCGAAUUUGUCUUCUUCAAGAGUUAGUAAAUAUUUUGUUUGAGAAUCAAAGAGGGAUAUUAAUGAGGCAGUUAACAAAUAACAGAAGAGCUUCCUUCACAUCAAUGUGCUAAAGAUUGGUUCCUUCAUUAGCUUUAUUCAACUAAGACACAAUUAAUGUAGUUUGUCAUUUGUCGAGUCACAUAAUCAAUGUGUGAAAAUACUAAUUGUUGCACAUUUGAAUCUCACCACAAUCUAAAAUACUAAUUGUUGCACAUUUGAAUCUCACCACAAUCUAAAAUUGUAAAUUCAUCGUAGUUAUCUAUAUAACAACAAUGAAAAACCAUCAACAAUAUUACAUAUUAAGUUAGUAAAAUUAUUUAUGUUAACACUAUUAAUAUAACAACAAUAAAACAUUUGGCUACCAAAACACAUUGCUGGUAGGCAAAGAAAACUAAGAAUUAGAUAUAAAUAUUACAGAUUAAGUUAGUAAAAUUAACAAAAUACAAUAAGAUGAUGAUAAUGAAUGAUAUUACCCUUUCAUAAACCAAAACCAAUCAUCAAACCAAAGCUAAAAAACAAACCGAACAGAACACAUGUUUCAUCCCAUCGGUUUUAAAAAAAAAAAGACAAAAGUAAAAGAAAAACCAAAAAAAGUCAAAAAGCAUGACCAAAUCUUCAACACUUCAACUACACAUCUGUCUGUCUUCCAAAUCUUCUUUCUUCAGUUCUCUUCUGCUUUUCUGUCUUGUGACUCUUAUCACCAAUGGGAAUCUCCUUUAGCACCAACAGAAGACGACAGAGCAACCGCCGUCACCUCCUCCACCACCACCCUCCACCGCCUUACUAUUACCUUGACCCUCCUCCUCCGCCGCAGCCAUUUCCACCGCAUUAUGACUACAACUACUCCACUUACCACAUCCCUCCACCUCUACCACCACCGCCACAGAUCAACUCUUGUUCCUACGGUCAUCCUUACCAUUACUACCCUCAGCAUCCUCAGUAUCUCACCACAGCUCAACCCAAUUGGUGGGGUCCAACGAUGAGACCUGGAUUUGUCUGUCCCCCUCAGCCUCAAACGCAAAUGCAGCCUCUUCCACCUCCUUACGUGGAGAAUCAGAACGCCAAGAAGGUGAGGAACGAUGUCAACGUGCAUAGAGAUACGGUGAGACUCGAAGUAGACGAUUUAGUCCCUGGCCACCAUCUAGUUUCCUUCGACUUCGAUGCCAUUUUCCACGGCAGUUUCACUAUCACCUUCUUUGCAAAGGAGGAACCAAACUGCACGUUUAUCCCGCAGUUUCCAGAGGUUUAUCCACCGACAAGGUUCUCUUUUCAGAAAGGUCCUGGACAGAGAUUUCUACAGCCUUCAGGGACAGGAACCGACCUGAGCUUCUUCGCUCUUGACGAUUUGUCAAAACCCUUAGAAGAAGACGUGUACCCGCUUGUUAUAUCAGCUGAGACGUUAAUCUCUCCAAAUCCCAUCUCAGAGCAAUCAUCAGUUCAUAAGCAAGUCACGCAAGCGGUUCUUGAGAAAGACAGCGAUGGAUCUUUCAAAGUGAAAGUUGUGAAGCAGAUUCUUUGGAUCGAAGGAGUUCGGUAUGAACUCCGUGAGUUGUAUGGAUCGACCACUCAAGGUGCAUCCUCGGGGUUAGAGGAUGGUGGUUCGGGUAAAGAAUGUGUGAUCUGCAUGACUGAGGCUAAGGACACAGCUGUGCUGCCUUGUAGACAUUUGUGCAUGUGUAGUGACUGUGCGAAAGAAUUGAGGCUUCAGUCUAACAAAUGUCCCAUUUGUAGACACCCUAUCGAGGAGCUCUUAGAGAUCAACGUGAACAGUAGUGAUGAACAACACUUUACUUGAAGAAGAAGGUUCUUCUUCCUUUCUUUAUUUCCUUUCUUUAUUUGGAAGUCUUCCAUGUCCGAAUAUAUAUUUUGGAUCAAUGUUGUGUGACUUCAUACCGCAUAUAGAUUUGUUUGUGUUAAGGAUUUGUAUGUGGAAGAUAUAAAUAUUAGUAUAUGUAUAGCUAUUGUGCUAGAACAGCUUUCAUGUACUAUCUUUGUCUUCUUGGAUAAAUUCCACACACUCUCAACAAUCAACUAUGUGUGUAACUGAAUGGGUUUUGUAGAGUUACUUAGCUAUACUUCUACAAGAGUUGGUUAUGAUUA